AUGAAGAUCGAGCACAACUUCGCUUCUGUGGCGCACCCACAAGCAAAUGGGCAGGUCGAAUGUAUAAAUAAACAAAUUGUUGAGGGCAUUAAGGCGAGAUUGGGGAUGGCGCGCAGAGGAUGGGUAGAUGAGCUCCCUAGCAUCUUGUGGGCUCAUCGCACCAUGCCAAAGACCAGUACGGGAGAGACCCCAUUUAUCCUGGUAUACGGAUCAGAGGCAGUAAUACCAGCAGAAAUAGGCCUCCCGUCGCCACACAUGAUUGCCACGGAGAAACAGAACAAUGAAAAAGAACGAAGGAUGGAUCUUGACCUCCUCGAGGAAAGGCAGGAGAAUGCGGCCAUCAUGGAGGCAAGGAUUUAUCCGAUCAUGGAGGAGUUGAAGACAUUUGAAGGAGUGAAGAUUUCGGAAGAAGAGAAAUCCGUGACAGAAGAUGGAGAUAAAGCGAUGAUUUCUGAGUCGUCUUACUUGUUUAUUGUCGGUUUUGCAGUGAAUGUCCCAUACUCGUUCUCAGGGACCACCGAAGCCGUCGAUUGA